UCCUAUUUAAUAAAACGUUUUCUAAAAGUACGGACGGAUUUUCUCAUAUGAUUAUAUGAAAAUAUGUGUUUGUACCAUUUGAAAAAUGUUUAAUAAUUAUAUUAGUAGUAAUGAUAAUAAUAAUAAAUUACGAAUUCCACCCGACAAAACAUUAAAGAGCUUACGUCAUCGGAUGCGACACUUUCCAUAGUUGCAGCUGGUGAGUACCACCCUGAAUCUGUCAAAUAAAAAUGUAGUAAAAAACACAAAAGACCGAAAGUGUACGUUUGUAAAUCUGCUGUAUGAGUUAAUGUUAGCGAGACUGUGGCACAGCAUGUGCUUGUAGAGAUUUAGACACGUUUUUAACCUUAUUUGGUGGAAAAAAUACACGGGAAGCUCGCUAAAGUAACCUCUUAAAAGUCACUCUGGUUCAACUGUAGCUGUCCUUCAUACCUUUAAUAACAAUGUACUAAAAUUGUUUAUUAUUAUUAUUUUAUACUUCUCGGCGUGACAGUAUCUCUGUCUUCUUUCUGUUGUCUCCCACUUUAGAACCAUGCCUACAUAUAAGAGCAGUGUCCGUUGUACGACCAAAAAAAUCAAAAUACCGACGUCUUGAAUGCAAUCCCGACAAGCUUCUUCAUUUUCACAUUGAUAGUGCUCAUUCAGCUCUUUAAAUAGUGUUCGAGUAGCAUUGCGGAGCAGGCGAGGAUGUGUUGACAGAAAUGCGUAGGGCGUAACAGAAAAAAAUGCUUUGUGAUGGAAGAAAACAUAUAUACAAUACUGAUCAAUAUUGAUUUUGAGUGCGGAUAAUUCGCAUCCGUAGUGCCAUCGUUGUUAUAUUUCUCUUUGAUUGCCUUCAUAUAUCUUUAAAAAAAAACUUCUGUAUAAUAGUUUAUAUUAGUUAAUGGUAGGAUUCUAUCAUACAGUUCAUUACAUUUCUGGGUUUCCCACAGUGUAUUAUAAGCCUGAGAGGCCAUCAUUCUUUAUUUGUGCCCCCACCAGGCUAAGCAUUGUUUAUUUAAGUCUUUGUAAAAUGUCUGCAUUUUUUAUGACUUUAUAGUUAUUGUUCGAGUAUUAAUCUUCCAAUCUUUCAAUAACACACUGUAAUUUCAAAUUUCCCGUCAACUUCAAACAUUUUUUAACUCAAAAACAUGACCGGCUACAGGAAGACUGACUGUUGUAACACUCAACCACUGGGCUUAUGUUUUCUGGGGGAUACAAUGCAAGCACAAUGCAUGCUAAUAUUUAUUUACCACAUACCAGAAAAACAGUUACCUUCUGUUUAUUCAGUCAUGGUUGUAUUUUCUAUCUUUGUUUUAGGUUCAAUGUCAAGAAGAGAGAGAACACAUAUCUCGGAGGAAGUGAUGGUCUUCCUCCAGAAAGCCUAUAAAGAAGGGAUGACGAGGGUGGGAUCUCCACUGGUUGGAGCAGCAGCAGAGGCCACUGGCUUGCCACCGUUUGUGAUUGAUAACUGGAUUGGAAAUUACAGAAGACAAAACCGAGUUUCUUCUCAAUCAAAAAAAAAGAAAAAGUUAUACACGAAGGACCUGUCUGGUUACAACCUGUUCUGCAGGGAUCUGUUAAAGAACAAGGGAAGCCUGAAAGAUAUUACACCGAAAUGGUCCACUCUAGAGGAAGUGCAGAAGAGAAAAUAUGCUGAGGAGGCAGCGGCUCUGAAAGUUCAACGUACUUCAGACUACCUUAGCCCAGAGAUGCGAAGCCUGAAAGUGAAAAAGCACCUCAAGCAGAUCAAAAUAGAGGUUGCCAGUCUUGAGAAGCUUGGUGUGGAGACUGGUGUGAUGAUGUUUGACCAUCAAAAGCCUGUCUUGGACGUUCUUGAAGUGAGCAGCAAAGGUGCUUCUUCGUUUUUCGACCGUACAGACGUACUGGACGCCUUUGCUCUGCAUUUUAAAGGAAACUCUUCAUCUACUUCUGCUGUCAAAGUACCCGUAGAUACCAUGGUGAAGAAAGUGCAGGAGUUAUUCAACAGAAAAUACAAUGAAGCGGGUGGCAGAGGCAGGCUCCCGUACAUUUCUAUUCAAAAUCACAGCAUGAUUAUCAACGCUUCUGGACUACCCGGUGGCAUCACACUGAAAAAGCCAUGCCACUACGGACGGAAACAAUUGGAAGACAUUUUAAAGAAUGCAGAGCAAAUUUCCUUUCAAAUUAAUUCAGGGUGGUACUCACCAGCUGCAACUAUGGAAAGUGUUGCAUCCGAUGAGGUGGACUCUUUCAUCCUCUGAGCUCGGGUCCUCUACCAGAAGCCUGGGAGCCGCAGUAUCUUGACUGUCCCUAGAACUGCACAUUUCUGGACUGAGAUGUCUGAUGCUGUUCCUGGAAUCUAUUUUAGCCACUGCUCCAGUUUGAGGGUGGCUGCCCCGAUAACCACAGGCACUACUGUGGCUGUGGUGUGGUCAUCGUGUGGUGCCUGCGCUCCUCAGCCCUGUAGACGCAGGGUGAAUCCUAGCAACCUGCGGCCUCUUCGCCGGGAGUACCAGACGCCAGCUGAUGGUGUAGACCCGCCGAUUUCUGCCAGGAUCGGUUUGGUAAAUUCCAAGUCGCUGGCAAAUAAAACUUUUGUCAUUAGAGAUUUCUUUUCCUCUCAAGGAUUGGAUGUUUUAUUUAUAACAGAGUUAUGGAC